AUGGUCAGCGUGACGUCCACAUGGUCAGAGCAGAGUGACGUCCACAUGGUCAGAGCAGAGAGUGACGUCCACAUGGUCAGAGCAGAGAGUGACGUCCACAUGGUCAGAGCAGAGAGUGACGUCCACAUGGUCAGAGCAGGAGUGACGUCCACAUGGUCAGAGCAGAGAGUGACGUCACUGGCAGAGCAGCGAGUGACGUCCACAUGGUCAGAGCAGAGAGUGAGUCCACAUGGUCAGAGCAGGAGUGACGUCCACAUGGUCAGAGCAGAGAGUGACGUCCACAUGGUCAGAGCAGAGAGUGACGUCCACAUGGUCAGAGCAGAGAGUGACGUCCACAUGGUCAGAGCAGCGAGUGACGUCCACAUGGUCAGAGCAGCGAGUGACGUCCACAUGGUCAGAGCAGCGAGUGACGUCCACAUGGUCAGAGCAGUGAGUGACGUCCACAUGGUCAGAGCAGUGAGUGACGUCCACAUGGUCAGAGCAGAGAGUGACGUCCACAAUGGUCAGAGCAGCGAGUGA